AUGGCAUUAUACUUGGAAAAUACGUACAGCCUGGUGCACCAGGACAAUUCAGCCGACCAGCCUACACUGCAGGAGCUGAAAACACAGCUGGAGAAGGGCACAGAUGAGUCUAAAAUGGACACUAUGAGGAGGAUCCUCACAAUAAUGCUGAACGGAGAUCCGAUGCCGCAAUUACUCAUGCACAUUAUCCGUUUUGUCAUGCCUUCAAAAAGCAAGCCCUUGAAGAAGCUCCUCUAUUUUUAUUACGAGAUUUGCCCGAAACUCGAUAGCAAUGGAAAGUUGAAGCAGGAGAUGAUCUUGGUUUGUAAUGGUAUUCGGAAUGAUCUCCAACACCCUAAUGAAUAUGUGCGAGGAAAUACUCUUCGAUUCCUUUGUAAAUUACGAGAACCCGAGUUGUUGGAGCCACUACUUUCAUCAGCACGACUAUGUCUGGACUAUAGACAUGCAUACGUACGAAAAAGUGCGGUCUGGGCUGUCGCUUCGAUAUUCCAACAUUCCGAAUCUCUUAUCCCCGAUGCCCCCGACCUUAUCUACUCCUUCCUUGAAGAGGAAAACGACCCAACCUGCAAACGGAACGCUUUCGCCGCAUUGCUUACCAUCAGCCACCCAAGGGCCCUCGAGUACCUUAAUAAGACGUUCGACGGCGUGCCAAAUGCGGAUGAGCUACUUCAGCUCGUAGAAUUGGAAUUCAUUAGGAAGGAUGCUGUCCAGAACACACAAAACAAGGCCAAAUACCUCCGUUUAAUAUUUGAUCUUCUAGAUGCUGGUGACAGCACGGUCGUAUACGAAGCCGCUACUUCGCUAACUGCCCUCACAUCGAACCCGGUCGCCGUUAAAGCGGCCGCUGCAAAAUUGAUCGAACUGAGUAUCAAAGAGCCGGACAACAAUGUCAAGUUAAUCGUUCUGGAUAGGGUUGACCAAUUACGGAUCCGUAAUGAAGGAGUUCUAGAGGACCUCACAAUGGAAAUCUUGCGAGUCUUAUCCAGCCCCGAUAUUGACGUGAGACGGAAGGCUUUGGGCAUCGCAUUAGAGAUGGUGGCGAGUAAGAAUGUCGAGGAAAUCGUCCUGCUUUUGAAGAAGGAGCUCGCGAAAACGGUUGACGAGCAAUAUGAAAAGGUAAACAACGAGUACCGACAAUUGUUGAUCCAAUCAAUCCAUCAAUGCGCCAUUAAAUUUUCAGAAAUUGCUGCGAGCGUGGUCGAUCUUCUUAUGGAUUUCAUCGCUGAUUUCAAUAACAACUCUGCCAUUGAUGUUAUCACAUUUGUCAAGGAAGUUGUUGAAAAGUUCCCCAAAUUACGCCAUUCCAUUUUAGAGCGGUUGGUAUCGACGCUCAGUGAAGUACGAGCUGGAAGAGUGUAUCGCGGAGUUCUGUGGGUUAUCGGCGAAUACUCCCUGGAACAAAACGACAUCAGAGAAGCCUGGAAGCGUAUUAGAGCGAGCUUAGGAGAGAUCCCGAUAUUGGCCUCGGAGCAAAGGCUAUUAGAUGAAGAUUCGGAUGAAAGCAAGGAGGCUAAAGAGCAAGUUAAUGGCCAUCCCAAAGCGUCAUCUGGCCCUAAAGUUCUGGCAGACGGCACGUACGCACAGGAAACCGCUCUCACAAGCCAAAGCGCCGCGGCAGCAAAGCUGGAAGCAGUCAAAGCCGCGCAGAAACCUCCGCUCCGUCAACUCAUACUUGACGGCGAUUACUUCCUUGCGACUGUCCUUUCAUCAACCUUGACUAAAUUGGUUAUGCGCCAUUCUGAACUUUCCCAGGAUGCCGCUCGCACCAACGCUCUUCGCGCUGAAGCCAUGUUGAUCAUGAUUUCGAUUGUUCGAGUUGGUCAGUCCCCAUUCGUCAAGACCAACAUCGACGAAGAUUCGGUUGAUCGCAUUAUGUCUUGUUUGCGGUCGCUGGCGGAGUUCACUGAACGGAAGGAGCUUGAGACAACAUUUUUGGAAGAUACGCGCCAAGCUUUCCGUGCUAUGGUUCAGGUAGAAGAGAAAAAGCGUGCUACUCGGGAGGCUAUGGAGAAGGCUAAAACGGCUGUACAAGUUGACGACGCGAUUUCUAUCAGACAAUUCACGAGAAAAUCUGCAGGUGACGAUGGCGACGAAAUUGAACUGGAUUUGGCCAAGGCUACUGGUGGCGAUUCCGCCGUUGAGGACCUCUCCUCGAAGCUGAGCAAAGUGGUUCAGCUUACUGGAUAUUCUGACGCCGUCUAUGCCGAAGCUUAUGUGAAUGUCCAUCAAUUUGAUAUCAUCCUGGAUGUAUUAUUGGUCAACCAGACGAUGGAAACGCUACAAAAUCUCUCUGUGGAAUUCGCAACACUCGGUGAUCUGAAAGUUGUUGAGCGGCCGACUACACAAAACCUUGGUCCCCACGAUUUCCUGAACGUACAAGCUACGAUCAAGGUAUCGUCGACGGACACAGGCGUCAUUUUUGGCAACGUUGUUUAUGAUGGGUCCAGCUCAACCGAGACGCAUGUUGUCAUUCUUAAUGACAUCAAGGCCGAUAUCAUGGAUUACAUUCAACCCGCCCACUGCACAGAAACCCAGUUCCGAACGAUGUGGACUGAAUUCGAAUGGGAAAACAAGGUCAAUGUUCAAUCCAAGGGCAAGAGCCUACGGGGCUUCUUACAGCAGAUUAUGGAACGCACCAACAUGAGCUGUCUGACGCCGGAGGCUUCACUUGAGGGUGAUUGCCAAUUCCUAAGUGCUAACCUCUACGCAAAGAGUAUCUUCGGUGAGGACGCCCUUGCAAACGUCAGCAUUGAAAAGGAAGGUGAAGACGGCCCGAUCACCGGGUUCGUGAGGAUACGCAGUCGCUCUCAAGGUCUAGCCUUGAGCUUGGGAUCUUUGAAAGGAUUAAAAGCGAAUGCGUAG